CAUUUUUCGUUCUUAUUUACUCAGGACUGAGUGCAAACGAAAGUUCGAGUAAAUGGCUGAAUCCCAGGAGACCGGGGAUCUCGACGAAAGCACAGCAGAAACACAUUGCCAACAACUGUGGGCAGAAUGGAAUGAAACACAGCAUUCCGAGGAUAAGAUUUUCUGUGAGCCGUUUUUCGACAGCUUGAUAUGCUGGGAAGCGACAGAAGCCGGUACAGAAGCCAUGGCUUCUUGUGUUUCUGCUCCUCACGUUGGGAUUUACGCAAACGGGGGGAACGUUACCAAGUAUUGUAACCCGGAUGGAACUUGGUGGGUUCAUCCAGCGAGUGUAACCAACCAAAGUUGGGCAAACUACUCACAGUGUGUCAUGCAAGAGUGGGGACAAGCAUUGGGCGUGAACGACUUGUUUGUCGCCGGCUACGCUAUAUCUCUUGUGAUGAUCGUUUGUGCUCUGAUCAUCUUUUUCUACUUUCGGUCAUUGCACUGCACAAGAAUCACGAUUCAUAAGAACCUUUUCAUAUCAUUCAUGUUCAACAACAUCGCCUGGAUUCUGUGGUACAAACUGGUGACAGAUGCUCAAUGGCAGUACAGCAGCAGCGGCUCAAGCACCACUCACGGUUGUGUGACCUUGCACAUCAUCAUCCACUACUUCCUCCUGUCCAACUACAUGUGGAUGUUGUGUGAGGGCUUGUACCUGCACACCUUGUUGGUCGUGGCGUUUGUUGAGGAGCGCAAGAUCAUGAUCUACUUGUUCCUCAUCGGCUGGUUAUUCCCCGUCGUGAUCAUCUCCAUUUACGCCGCGCUCAGAGGCAGCUUCCAACACGAGGAGCAACGUGCAAUGUGCUGGACCUCACCGACGAAUUACGACUACAUUUUCCAGCUGCCAGUGGCAGCGUCGGUCAUUCUCAACUUCGUGUUCCUCAUCAACAUCGUUCGGGUGCUGUUGAUGAAAGUCCGGCUCCCGGCGGCCACGGCAGAGGACCAGGAGCGAAACCAGGCGUCAACGGGUCACCGGAAGGCAGUGCGGGCCCUGUUGAUCCUGAUCCCGCUCCUGGGGGUGCAGCACUUUCUAACACCGUAUAUAGCAGAAGAGGACAAAGAGGCUCACAAGCAAACCAACUUCGUGGCCUAUGUGUGCAUCCAGCUGUUCGUCAUUCCUUUGCAGGGCACGUGGGUGGCACUUCUGUUUUGCUUCUUCAACAGCGAGGUGAGUUUCUCACGUGACAAGAUUUUACCGAUGACAGAAUUCUCUGCUUCUCUGCUCAUCUGA